UACUGGCACCGCAACGAAACGGGAAAUGGUUUUUAAUUAAAUAUUUUUCGGUCGCCUUGCUACACCUGCAAUUAACCCAUAUUUUUAGGGCUGUUGGCUUCGUUAAAAACUUGAAAUAACGGAAUAAGCGAUCGCCGUGAAUAAAUAGGAAAAAAAAUCUGAGUAAUUGCGUUGUCAGUGAACGUGUUAAAGUCGAUAUUUGGUAAAUAAUGGAUCGAAAAUGGCGAUUCAGUGAAUUCUCUUCGGUAAAUUUAGUAAUUUUCGUCAUAUUAAGUUGCCGUCCUGAAAUGUCAGUACCCGUUUGACGUACGAUGAACUAUGGCGGAUAAUUUUCUCACAAUCGAACAAAUACACCUUUAUUUACUCCAAAACGGCGGUAAAGUGAAAAAUCGCGACGCCGUACGGCAUUUCAAAGGAUAUUUAACCGAUCCACUAACUAAAGAUGAGAACCGGUCCCGGUUCAAAUCCUACGUCAACACCCUGGCCCUAUCGAAGACCGAAGGCGACGACAAAAUCAUCCAACUCAAACCGAAAUACAGCGGCUACGAUCCAUCCCAGCGGCCCGCCGAGGCGCCCAUAAACUCCGUAGGCCUGCCGCCCCCGGAGGCGGCGGCGCCGAGGCGAACGCCGCCGCGACCGCCGCCCUACCGGCCGCCGCCGCCGCCGCCGCCGGUGUACUCGUCGACGACGUCGCUGGACGCGCUGUCUUUGGGAUCGGUGAUGUCUUUGAACGAGCCGCCGCCGCAGCCGCCGCCGCCGCCGGGCGACCGGAGGCGGGAUUCGGCGGACGGCGGGGACGGGAACGGCGAGGAUAAGACGGUCAGCGUGAAGGAGAGGACGCAGAAGUUCAAUCGGUUGGCGUCCGUGGAGGAUCCGUUGAGUCCCAAGCAGGCCACCAAGUCGCCCGAGAAGGAUGCCAGGAGGAUUGGCAGGUUAGAACCAAAGAAAUGCGUGGAAUGGUACGUGACGGCCAGCAAAGGCGACUACCAGGAGCUGUUGAAAUUGGCCAGUUCCGAGCCCCGUUUGGUCAACAAAAAGGUGAGUACUCGAGCUUAUGUAACGUUAUAUUCUAUUUUUAUCUUAUAUCCGAAUUUCGAAUCGUCGCCCUUGCGCCAUGCAGGUCGCGGAGCCCACAGGUAUAAAAAGAUAUCCGAUUGA